AUGUGGUGGAAGACGGUCACUUUCUUGUUUUUCUUGAUCCUCGUCGAAAUUCAGAGCCAGGCGGUCAACAACGGUUCGACGAGAGUAUUUUGCUAUUACGAUGGAUCGAAUUCGCUUAGAGAAGGGUUUGCCAGGGUGACAUUAACUGACAUUAAACCGGCGCUUCCUUUUUGUACUCAUCUGAUCUACGGAUUUGCGGGUAUCGAUCCUACUACUAAUCGGAUUCGUGCUCUGAACGAAUCUCUCGAUUUGGACUCUGGAAAGGGUCAGUAUAGGGCCGUAACGGCUUUGAAGAAAGACUACCCUCAUCUGAAAGUUCUGCUCAGCGUUGGCUUUAAUAGGGAUCGGUCUGAUGAACCACCUCAUGGAAAAUAUCUAACUUUGCUAGAAAAUGCUGGAAUGCGCAUGCGAUUCGUGAACUCGGUCUACAGUCUACUUAAGACAUACGGAUUCGAUGGUCUAGAUCUAGCCUGGCAGUUUCCUCAGACUAAACCUAAAAGCACUCUAAAAUGGACAGACAGAUUGUGGGACGGAUUCAGGCAGCUCUUCACAGAUGAAAGUACUUCGAAACCUAAGCCUGAUGCGCGGAAAGAAGCGUUCGCGGAAAUGGUACGAGACUUGAAACAUGCUUUUAGGGCAGGAAAUUUCGAACUCUGUCUCACGGUCCUUCCACAUGUUAGCGAACCCAAAUAUCUGGAUGUGUACACCUUGAGAUCGAAUGUGGAUUACGUUAACCUGGCGGCUUUCGAUCUGCUAACUCCAGAAAGAAAUCCCAAUGAAGCGAGCUACACAAGUCCAAUUGAUCACCAUAAUCCUGUCUACUAUCGUCCAAGUAACAGCAAAGAUGACAACCUGGAAAGGGCAUUUGAAGUCUGGCGAGAAACGGACACAAAACUCGAGAAAAUAAUCGUUGGAAUUCCUACUCACGGACGUGGUUGGAAGCUGAGCAAGGACUCGGAAACCUCGGGUGUCCCACCGAUCGCAGCCAAUGGUUCCGCGAUUCCUGGUCCCUUCAACGGAAAACCUGGACUCUACAGCUACCCGGAAGUUUGCACCAUGUUGGCCGAUUCCGUGAAGAUAGGUCGUGCGCUAGUCAAGGUUGAAGACCUCACCAAGCGGCUCGGAGUGUACGCUUAUCGGCUUCCUGAUGCACAUGGCGAUGAUGGAAUCUGGAUAUCGUACGGAGACCCGGAUUCAGCCCGAAACAAAGUGGCUUAUGCGAGAAAACGUCAUCUGGGUGGUCUCUCCAUAUUUGAUCUGGGAAAUGAUGAUUUUCGUGGGACGUGUGGAACAGGGAAAUUUCCUAUCUUAAAAGCGGCCGUAAACAUUUAGAAGAAAUUUAGUGAAACCACCAAAAUAAGA